GAUAGACAGAAAGAGGGAGAGAUACUGAAUUUAGCAGGAGGAGAAAGACAGUGCAGAGAAAAGAUUUAAGAAGGGAGACGGAAGGAGGAAGGGAAGUUAAGAUUAAGUGAAACCCUAGGGGAGUAAAGUAAAAGCUCGGAGACAAGCAGAUUAAUGGAGAUGAAGAAGCAGAUCUUCUGACAGGACAGAUUUACAGUGUGGACAACCCACUGGGAGGAAAAGCAGUAACUAAAAAAAAAAGGAGGACAGGAACAUCUGAGAGGAAACCAUUUAUCACAGCUGCCUCGUAAGACAUUUCAUAGGACAGAGGGGAAGCUCUUUGCAGGUGUAGAUGCAGACAGGUGGACGGACAGACAUGCUGCUUGGGGUACUGCUUCUCUGUGCUGCUGGAGGAAACUGGGGGUCCACCCCUGGAGCGUGGGGGUAUGGACAGGUCCAAGACAGACAGGAGUCUGAGGCAGCUUGCCCGGCCCCUUGCCAGUGUGAGGAAGAUGGCAUUUUUAUCAUGGUGGACUGCUCGGAGCUGGGUCUGUCAUCUGUGCCGGCGGGCCUGAGCCCUUUCACCACAUACCUGGAUCUCAGUAUGAACAACAUCAGCGAGAUCCAGCCCAGAGCCUUCCAUCGACUACACCUGUUAUCAGAACUACGAAUCUCCGGGAAUCAGCUGAGGUAUAUAUCAGGCAGCGCUCUCCAGGGUCUUCACAACCUCAGAGUUCUGAUGCUACAAAACAACCAACUGGAGAGACUUCCUGAUGAUGCUCCAUGGGACCUCCCCAACCUCCUGUCCUUGCGUCUUGAUGCCAACCUCCUGAGCAGGGUUCCAUCUGAGGCCUUCAAAGGCGUUCGCUCUUUGAGACACCUGUGGUUGGACGACAACUCCCUAACAGAAAUACCAGUGACGGCUUUGGACUCCCUGUCCUCUUUGCAGGCAAUGACGCUGGCCCUCAACCAGAUCACCCACAUACCUGAUUAUGCAUUUACCAACCUCUCUGGCCUUGUGGUGCUGCAUCUCCACAACAACCACAUACAGAGCAUGGGUUCAAGAUGUUUUGAAGGUUUACAGAGUCUGGAGACACUGGAUUUGAACUACAAUGAUCUACAGGAGUUCCCUAUGGCAAUCAGAACACUGAGCAAACUUCAGGAACUGGGCUUCCAUAACAACAACAUCAAAGCGAUCCCUGAGAGGGCCUUUGUGGGAAACCCUCAGCUCCAAACCAUUCACUUUUAUGAGAACCCAAUCCAGUUUGUGGGGAAAUCUGCUUUCCAAUUCUUACCAAAGCUGCACACACUUUCCUUGAAUGGGGCAACCCAAAUUCAAGAGUUUCCGGAUUUGAAAGGAACAACAAGCCUUGAGAUUUUGACAUUGACUCGGGCCGGUCUCUCAACUCUUCCCCUGGACCUAUGUGAGCAGCUGCCUCAUCUCAGAGUGCUAGAGCUGUCAUACAACCAGAUACAGGAUCUUCCCAGUUUUUACCACUGCUCUGCACUUCAAGAGAUUGGACUGCAACAUAAUCAAGUCAGAAGAAUAGAGUCAAGCACCUUUCAGCAGCUCACCUCUCUUAGAGCACUUGAUCUAAGCUGGAACAUGAUUGAGAGGAUCCACCCAGAUGCCUUCACCUCACUUCAUUCUUUGAUCAAACUGGACCUGACUGAGAACCGCCUCAGCUCUGUACCAGUUGCAGGUUUAGGAGGCCUCACUCAUCUCAAACUGAGAGGGAACAAAGACUUAUAUGAGGCCUUCAGUCCUGAUCACUUCCCACAAAUGAGGGUGAUAGAGAUGCCUUAUGCCUACCAGUGCUGUGUGUAUGCAUCCUGUAACACCUACAAGCCCACCACCCAGUGGGACACAGAGCUGAGCAACACAAAUGAAGACCUUCACAAGAGGACGGUGGCCAUGUACCCAGUCCAUGCAGACACUAACUAUGACCCUGAUCUGGAGGAGUUUCAGUUGGAAAUAGAAGAAUCCAAGUUACAGACCAGUGUCCAAUGCACCCCCAUACCUGGUCCGUUCCGUCCCUGUGACUCCCUCCUGGGCAGCUGGCUAGUCCGCAUUGGCUUGUGGUCCAUCUCCCUGGUGUCUUUGCUGGGAAACGCCAUUCUGUUCCUGUCUCUCUUUGGAUCACCAGGCAGUCUGUCGCCACUCCGCUUUAUUGUGGCCUGUAUGGGUGCCUCUAACCUGCUGAUGGGUGUGUGUACAUGCACACUGGUCCUUGUGGAUGCUCUGACCCUUGGAGAAUUCAAUGACCAUGGAGCCCGCUGGGAGGGCGGACCUGGUUGUCAAGCAACAGGAUGGGUUUGGGUGUUUGCAUCUGAGGCAAGCGUGCUGCUGCUGACUCUGGCAGCAGUGCAGUGUGGUGCAAGCGUGACAUGUGCCCGCGCCUAUGGGAAAUCACCAUCCCUUAGCAGUGUACGCACAUGCGCAUAUUUCUGUCUCACCCUCUGCCUCACAAUUGCGUCACUCCCACUAGUUGGAGUGGGGGAGUAUGGCUCUUCACCAUUCUGCCUUCCGUCACCCCUGCCUACCCCAUCUUCUCGCUUGCCAUCCUCCCUGGGCUUCCCCUUGGCACUCAUAAUGAUGAACACCAUUUGCUUGCUUAUUGUCACAGGUUCAUAUAUCCGCCUGUAUUGGGAGCUACUUCGGGGGGAGUGUGAGGGGUUGUGGGACUGUGCCAUGAUCAAACAUGUUGCCUGGCUUAUCUUUACUAAUGGCCUUCUCUACAUACCGGUAGCUUUCCUAUCACUUUGUUCUCUUCUGGGUCUUCUUUCUUUGGGGGAAGAGGUUCUAAAAUCAGUCCUCCUUCUGUUACAGCCCCUGCCCGCUUGCCUCAACCCUCUGCUCUUUCUUCUUUUCACAAGAGAUCACUCUCAGUUGUUCUCCUGGUCUCGCCCUAAAACUCGCCCACAGAUGCGCCGCGACCGCACCUUGGACUCGCUAGUUUCUGUCGAGACAGAAAAGAGCUCCUGCUCGGAUUCUUCAACACAGGUGUCACUGACUGAUGCCGAUGCCACAUACAGGGAAGGGUCUUCUCCCCAGCCUGGACGAGAAACAACCAGGUUUUCUCAAUGCUCCUCUACAUCCUCCGUUCACCUCAUCCCUUGCCAAGUACCAACCGCGACAGCCAAAGGGAGGGAGAGGGUGACAGAAUGAGGAAGCAUGGGGAGUUUGGAUCAAGAUGCGAUUCUUACCAUUUUUCCUUCUGUGAUGUGCUACAAUGACUCAUCUUAUAUCAAUGAGCCCCUGAAACAGAUGUCUAAAAAUAUAGGGGAAAAAUUUUGAAGAUUCAAGGACCGCAGCAUUUCUGGGCUACCCAUCUAUAAACUCUUGAGAAUGAGUCAACAAAAGAUGUUGACUAAUAAAGAGAGGUCAACAAGCGAACACUCUUUCUGACCAGAGAGCAGGAUGGAAGGUUUCUUCUUUUGCCAGUACUGUUGAACUAAAGGACAAUUUUGGAGACUAUUCAGCGGACUGAGUCAAACAAGGAGCUGAAUAAACAAAGCAAUGCAAAAAAAAGCUGUUAAUCACAUUGAGAAUCAAAGCUACAGACAAAUUAAUCGUCUACUCUGAGGGAAUAAAUGCUUAUAUUGAAAUGUGAUGAGAAAUGCAGCUCAGAAGUUGCAUAUUGUUUAACAGCAUUUAAGUGGAGUUUUGUUUUUAAAUGCAAUUCUAUCAUAGCAUUAAGUUGUUUUGCUCCAAAAAGGGGGUAUUGUCAAUCAUACUAGCACAUUUCCCUAGUUUAAGCUAAUGUGUUUUGUCCAGAGCAAUUUUUAUAGCCACAUAUAAAACGUUACAGCUGUGUAAUAGAGCAAUUUUUAUGAAAUAUUCUAAGUGGAAAAUAAUCCAAAAAUGAUCUGGGUUGCACAUGUAUUUUUAUAUGGUUUACAUAAUUACACUCAAAAACAUGCAACUUUGUCAAACAAGAGUUAAGCAGUCUUAUGGUUUAAAUGGGACGUAGCUGUAUUUCUGCCAACCUUAGAGUAGGAAAGCGAUCUUUAUAUACAUACAAUGUAACUACCUCUGAACUAUGGUAUUGACUCACUACAGCCUUAUUGAUGUUUGUCUCCUUUUUAUAAACAGCAAAUAUAUUAUUUUAUACAUUGAGAAAUAAAAAUUUUAGUUUGUACAAAAUAAAAACUUGUACCACUUAGGUUGUACAUACUUUAUAUGUCUUUUAAAUGUAUGUUAGAAUAAAAUUAUGAUCAACAUAGUGUAUGAA